UGGGCUGUUGGUGGAAAAAGAAACUCACAGCUUAACCGAAACAGGAACGCGCCACAAAGAUUCACAGAAAUCUGAACGAACAAAUCAAACUACAAACAUGUCUUCGCUGAGAAGUAAAUCCGCGGAGGACAUUAGCGAGCUUUUGGAUGAAUACGGAAUAAAGCACGGGCCUGUGGUCGACUCCACCAGAGGUCUCUACGAGAGGAAGCUGAAAGAAGCCAUGGCCAAAGGGAAACCGUCAAAGCCGUCAUCUGAUAAAACCUACUACAGAGAAGAGGAGGAAGUCACCUAUGAGUACAGGACACCUGUCAGCAGUGAAGCAGCAGGAGACAGGCAAUACUCAACCUACUCAAGGUCAAAGCCUGCAUACAGAGGACAGGAAUGUGUGGAUGAGCCUCGCAUGUACGACACGCCGUCGACUUUGAGAAACUCCUUCGUGAACUCGACGCCCAUGGAUUCUCCAGACGCUCCGAAGGCACCGAAGUCGUCUCGCCUCGUCCCACUCUGGGUUCAGUUUGUGUUCUUCCUGGCUGUGGCAGUCUUCCUCUACUUAGUUUUUUCAAGUAUGGAGACAAACAAAUCCCUCAAAGGAUUAGAAUGAUUUUAUAUAUUCAUGCUCAUUUCAUGGAGAUAUUAUACAUAAUUGUGCAUUUGAAUGUAUUUUGGUUAAAGCCUUUAUUUUAGACAUUGCUGAGAUUGGGCUUUAUGCAAUAUGUUUAUGCUUUAUAGUGGCAGUUUACUUGCUUGCUUAUGUUUAUGGGUACAAUUGCCAACCAGCAUUACUAUAUGACCACGACUAGAAAAGAUGAGGAUGCCACUCUAAAAGAACAUAUCGCUUAGAAUUACAGAGAAGCUUUCUUCCUCUUGCCUGGAUAGUUCCAGUGUGAUCUGUUGAAGUUUUUGAGAUGAUCGUCAGGGUGCACCCACGGGUGAUCUUCUUUCAGGGCUAAAUACAUCAAGAAAUGACAAAACAUUUACAGAUCUCAAUCUCAAUUUGAGGUCAGUGGAUAAUUGUAAUAAUAGGUCUGAUAUUUAGAAAGAGACUUUUUUAUGUUGACUGAGGUUUCUUUUCCACAUAAGAGACUAAAUGCCGGUCAACCGCAUUUUAAUGUUAGCCUCAGUCAAUUAAAUUUGAUAUAAGUAUCAGCAAUUCACAAUUAAUCCAUCUGCAUGAGAAGAUCACACUUUUUAAUCCACAUCCUGACGGGCAAUAUCAGAACUUCACAUCAGAAUUGGACAAAUCUCUGACUUCAUCGGCCAUUGUUUUAAUUUGGUAUUCCAUCUGGAAAAGUGUCAUUUGACCAAAUAGUAAUACACUUUUUUUAUAUAUAUAUAUAUAUAUAUAUAUACAUACACAUUCCAACAGCUUAGUGCAUUAAUCAAUCUGUUUCAAAAGUACAACAAUGCUUCCAUUUGUCAGAUAUCUCAAAUAAUUAUUAAAAAGUACAGUUCAGACCAGCUUCAAUACAAGUGCCUAAAUGGUUUUGUAGGAAUAAUUGGAUUUUAAUUGUUUUUUAAAACAUUUUAUCUUGGGUAAAAAUAUGAAAUGUAAUUGUUUAUACAGCUGUAAUGACAUGUUUGUGCUUUGUUCAAGUAGAUAUUACACAUUUAUAUUAUCCAACCUUUACAUUCAGUAGUGUGAUGUAAUGUGAUGUGUUUUGUAUUACUAUUACAUCAUUGAAACAAUUAAAAGAGUUUCCAUAUGUAAACAUUUUAA